CUGCCGUCCAUGCAUCCAGUCCUGUCUGUGGUACCUGCUGGCUACUUAACUUAGCUAGCUGCCUUACCUAUCAGUCACUUCUGUUACGGAUUAAUUAAAUGAACGAUAGACAAAAAAUGAUCCCCUUUUGCUCUCCGCCUGACUUGCAGUCGCGUUUCAAGCAAAACACGGAGACCGUCCACCUAGUUUUAGUAUUUUAGCUGUUACGGCGUCUUGCCGAGUCCAUUUUGCGUGUAACUGGAAGUGGAAAAAGACAAAGAGAAAGGAGCUUUCCAAUAGCUAGAAUGGUUUGGGCCUAAAGGGAAGACAAGAGGCCAGUCUUUCUCUCUGCCGUUCACUGGAGCAUUCAAGAAUGACCAAAACACAGAGGAUGUUAAGAACUAGUUGUGAGUGACUAUAACCUUCAUUUACAUGUAAAUGUAAAUAAAGUAGCUCCUCCUGCCUUGGGACAAAGAAAACCUACAAAACACUGCAAGAAAUGUUUCGGAUGCUGUUUUUGUACCAGAACAAAAAAACAAAAAGACUUUGUACCAUGUGACGAUGAUAACACAUUUGUCAGCAUGUGUCAUCAUGUAGCUGAUGAAAAGUCUCCACUUUGUUACGCACUGCACUGCACGUCGGGAACUGUACUCUGUCCCUUUAACAGACUGCUGGUGCUUUGCCCUGUGCUUAGGGCAUAAUGGGGGAGGGAGGGAGGAUGUUGACGGGGAGCUCGGCUCUGAUUGGCUGGACUUGACUGAGGGCAGUGACAUCACAUUGGAGGAGAGGCCCUGUGGUGUAAAAUAACAUCUCCUUCUAUGGGACAAGGCAGGCUGUUCCAUUCUCAGAGAAAGGCAACAUGAACCGUGAGGACCGGAAUGUGCUCCGAAUGAAAGAAAGAGAAAGGAGAAAUCAAGAAAUCCAGCAGGGAGGAGGAGAGGCCUUUCCAGCAAAUUCCCCUCUCUUCCCUGAACCCUACAAAGUGUCCAGCAAGGAAGAUAAACUGUCCAGCCGUAUUCAAAGCAUGCUGGGCAAUUACGACGAGAUGAAAGAACCGAUUGGUGACACACUUCCAAAGCUUGGUGGUAAACCUUCUAACAGCUCGUCUUCCUCUGAGGAGAAAUCAGGCCCACCUUUGUUUGGCGGGGACCAGCGUGGUGUCAGUAGCGGUGGCAGUGGCCAGAACAGUAAGUGGACUCCUGUUGGUCCCGCAGCAGGUGGAUCUUCAUCCCAAUCCCAGAAACGCUCAGGACUCCAGGGUGGGCACGGCAGCCAGAGGAACAACGGUGGCAGUAGCAGUAGCAGCAGCAGCAGCGUUAGCCAAAGACACGGAGGGGAGGUGCGGGAAAAGAAAUCGAGUAAACACAGUGGAGGGUCUGACCACUCAAAGACACACACGUCAAGUCCAGCCAAGGGCUCGCUGAGUUCCUCCAGCAGCAACAGCCACUCACGAAACUCCUUGUCUGCUGAGCAGCACCAUAGCAAAGAGCGCUACCGCUCCAAGUCUCCACGAGACAGAGAGGCCAACUGGGACUCACCCUCGCGGGUUCACCCCUCAUUCACGAGUGGACAGCACUCGAGUCAGGCCUUUCCCCCAUCUCUCAUGUCCAAACCUGGCUCCAUGCUGCAGAAGCCCACAGCCUACGUGCGUCCUAUGGACGGCCAGGAAACUGCAGAACCCAAGAGUUCACAAGCAGAGAGCUACAGCGGCCAGUCGCACAGCAGCACUAUGGGAGAGAUGAAGUCAAAUGGCAAAGCCUCGCUUUCUAAACUCAAGAUCCCUUCUCAGCCUGUGGAGGGCUCCGGCGAUGCCAACUGUGUCGAUGAAAUUCUUAAGGAAAUGACUCAGUCCUGGCCUCCUCCACUGACAGCCAUCCACACCCCCUGCAAAACAGAGCCCUCCAAGUUUCCAUUCCCUACCAAGGACUCUCAUCCUUUUCCAAGUGGACACAAGCGAGGCAGUUCUUCCAAGAGCUCCAGCAGCCACCAGUCCAAAGCUUGUGAUGACCAACCCACUAUGCUCGAAGAUGACCUGAAGCUGAGCAGCAGUGAAGAUAGUGAUGUAGAACAGGACCCUGCCAAGAAUGCCUCAAGGAACACGUCAGCAAGCAAUAACAGUGAAGGAGCGGAGCAGUCACGGGACGACUCCAGCAGCCACAGCGGCUCAGAGAGCAGCUCGGGCUCAGACAGCGAGAGCGAAAGCAGCACGACAGACAGUGAAGCCAACGAGCCCCCGCGGCCCGCCUCUCCUGAACCUGAACAACCCAUGGCCAAUAAGUGGCAGCUGGACAACUGGUUCAAGAAAGCCAAGCAGUGCUCCCCAGCUUCCCCAGUGGACAACAAUAAUGUUCCAACAAAGUGCAAGAAAGAGGGCAGGGACAAUGGCUCAGGGCGUGGCUAUGGCAGCCAGGGAGGCGGGUCAAAAGACUCAGUAGCACCUACACCCAGCAGGGACCUACGGGCGGCACAAAAAGGUGCAGAGGGAGGACGUGGUCGGCAAAAAUCCCCCGCCCAGAGUGAGGGUGGCGCAAAUCCGCGCAUUCGUGUGGGUAAAAAACAGCCCAAAAAAUCUGAGAAGCCCCCAGUGGUGGAGGAACCCAAGGGAGGCUUGCGAGUGGAGAGCGAGCCAGCUCCUGAGAUACCCCCCCAUCGGCCCAAAGCUGCUACCAAGGGUUCCCGCAAACCAAGUAUCAAAAAAGAGCCCAAAUCCUCGCCAAGGCCCACCACGGCUGCAGUCACCAGCACUGUAGAUAAACGGAAGCCCAAGGCACCGACCAAGACCUCGCAGCAGAAGUCUCGUGAGUUUGUCGACACGGACUCGUCGUCGUCAGACUCUGAGGGGAAUGACAGCAUCCCGUCGUCGUCGCAGACGCCCAAGUACACAGAGAGUAUCAGAACGCCGGUGUGUGUGUUUUCUCCAAUGGAGGAAAAAGAGCUGUUGUCUCCACUGAGUGACCCUGAGGAGCGCUACCCUGCGCGGCAGCCACAACAGCAGGUUUUAUUAGUGAAAAUAGAUCUCAGUUUGCUGUCGAGGAUCCCAGGGCGGCCCUACAAGGAGCCCGCAGAGAUAAAAGUGGAGAGGGACGACUCUCUUGACAGGGACAGCAAAGACUUCAGCAAGCAGACUGAGAAGAGUUCUAGCAAGGCCAAGAGGAAACACAAGACUGAAGAAGAAGGCGGCACCAAGCCAGAGAGCAAGCGAUGCAAGCUUGAGGAUAAAACUGUCUCUCAUCAUAAAAACAGCAGUAAAGAGUCUAAGAGGUCUUUGGAGAAAAAAGAGGAGCCAGUGCCUUCUCCAUCCAUGUCAGGUCUGCAGCGGACGCCCAAGGCAGAGCAUCCGAGUCGAAAGAGGACAGUGAGCCAGUCCUCCACCUCUUUGUCCAGUGGGACAGGAAGUGGAAAGGAGGGGAGCCAUAGCACCAAAGGCAACUCAACCUCCAAACACAGAAAAGGGGAGGACAAGGGACGGAGCACACGCGACGGCAAGGAAAAAUCCUCAAAGGGCUGUGAUAACCAGCUGGCCGUGCCUCCACUCUCCAUGGACGGCUCCAAGUCUCAGAGAUCCAAGCUGGUGUUUGAGGACAGGGUCCAUUCAGCUGAUCACUACUUGCAGGAAGCCAAGAAACUGAAACACAAUGCAGAUGCACUGUUGGACCGUUUCGAGAAGGCCGUUUACUACCUGGACGCGGUGGUGUCUUUUAUUGAAUGUGGUAACGCUCUGGAGAAGAGCGCCCAAGAGGCAAAGUCUCCCUUCCCCAUGUAUGCUGAAACUGUGGAGCUCAUCAAAUACACUAUGAAGUUAAAAAGCUACAUGGCCCCUGAUGCUACGUCAGCAGACAAGAGGCUCGCUGUGCUGUGCCUACGGUGCCAGUCCCUCCUCUACCUGCGGUUAUUCAAGCUGAGGAAAGACAGCGCACUAAAAUACUCCAAAACACUCACAGAACACUUAAAGAAUUCACUGAGUAACACCCAGGCUCCCUCUCCUGGAAUGGGAAAUAAGGCAGCGGGCAUGCCAUCUCCAGUGUCUCCCAAACUGUCCCCGGGAACAGCCGGCAGCUACUCGUCAGUCAGUAGCAGCAGCAGCAGCACCAGCUCGUCGGUAACGAUACCUCAGCGUAUCCACCAGAUGGCUGCCAGCUACGUCCAGGUCACCUCCAACUUCCUGUAUGCCACCGAGGUGUGGGAACAAGCCGAGCAACUAUCCAAGGAGCAGAAAGCAGACUUCUUCUUGGAGUUGGACAAGGUGAUGGGUCCUCUGAUCUUCAACACCAGCAGUAUGACAGAACUGGUGCGUUACACGCGGCAGGGCCUCCACUGGCUGCGCCUGGACGCAAAGCUUAUUCCCUAGCAAGGACUGGCUCUCCCAGCCCACUGCUUCCACACACACACACACUCUCGCCACCUCAGCAACAUGUGCUCAAAGACACACGCAUGUCCUCCCAGUGACACACACACAUACAAAUAUGAACUGUAUGCGCACACACAGUCCACCUCUGGUCCUUCAUGUACACACAGGUGAAGAACUUCUCAGACUUAUCUCCAACACUGUGUCCAUUUUCUACACCAGCUUGCCAAAAACACUGAGCAAUUCAGAAUCAUCUCACACCUUCGACAGCAGCGCACAGGGAGACGCAUUUAAAAACAGCUACACGGGGGGAAAAACAACAACAACAGUGUAUCUUCAUUCGUCAUAUAUCGGCAUUCUUACCGUUUUUGAACGCCAUGUUUUUAUCUUUCUCGGCAUGGAAAUGCCGGAUGAAUUAUUUAUUAUCAAUACACUAAAACUAAGGUUUGGUUUCUAGGCUACUUUGGCUUUUAACCGUUUUUUGCUUUCACUUUGUUUCACCAAAGUACCUCCCAUGAACACCAAAGGUGCUUUAAAAUGAAGGUUCCUCUUUAUCAUUUUUGUGCCUUGUAUUUUGAGCUACAGGAAAACAAACGGUCACUCGUCAUAAACCGGAAUGAAUUCUUUUUUUGUUUUAUUUUAUUAUUUUUGCUGUAGCUAUUGUUUCAACAAAUAAUGAAUGGAAGCAGACAACAACAACAAUGUUUUUAUUGAACACUUUUUAAAUCCUCUUUUAAAUACAUUAAUCACCAACUUGAUUGAUCUUCCCUUCAAGUCUCUAGGCACUAGAGGUCGAUCUCAGAUUCUGCCCACAGGACUGUUGCAUGGGCUAACUGUGACACACACAUAUUGAUCAGUGUGUUUGUGUUUUUUUUACCGUGUCAUUUUAUUUUUGCAAGGAAAAAAAUGAUGUGCUGGUUAUUUUUUUGAUCAAAUCACUUCUUUGGUCCUGUUGGGUGUGAGGCCCAGCACGGCCUCUAGGGGCUGCUCAUGUGGCUCUUGGCCUUAAUACAAGUGAUCACGUACAAUAAUACUUUAUAUAUAAGAGAUUUGCUGCCCCUAGAACAAGCGUCUCUUCCUAUGAAAAUGUUUUUAAUCUACCCUCAUGGCAACCUGUGUCAUUUCCAGCCAUAUUUAUUUUUUUAACCCUCUCAUUUGCUCAGUCCCCCCCUUUUCCCUAAGAAACAGCAGGGAAGGUCUCAAAAGUAUUGUAGAUCAUAUCCAAUUCUGUGUACAGUGCAGUCAGUCAGUCAGUCACAUUGCAGUUUAUAGAAUAAAUAAACGACCACGACAAAAACACAAAAAGAAACUGGGCCUGUGUGAGCGCCACAAUGAGAGCGAAACAUAUCUGCACGGAAAGAUAAUCCCCAGAGAAGCGGAAACUCAUUAGUGAUGCAGAUUUAGCAGUGUUGCAUUUAUAGAACAGAGAUUUAAAUCUAUGACGAUUAUAUAUUUCAGAUAAGGAGUUUAAUGGCCAAUAUAGAUUAUAUUUAUAUACCAAGCAGUUCUUUCUUUCUUCUGCCCACGAGCAGAGGUCAAAUAUUUAGAAAAGUGUAAAAAAAAAACAGGGUCGAACUGGGUUUUUUUUUAAGAUGCAAUGUAUGUGUAAUGUGUAAUUGUCGCUAUUUAAAAUUUUCAAAACCAUCAUCAUGCCUGUAUUACAAUGACUGCAGAUGAGAACUUUUAAUUUUAGCCAGCUCUCCAUGUAGGAAUAUUCCUCUUACUCAGAAUUACUGUGUGGCAUUUAAGCAGAAUGUUAGGAUGGCAGUGGUUUUGAACCAGAUGUUUGAGUUGCUAACUGUCUAGUUUCUUGUUAUGGUCAAAUCCACUUCCCAUGCUGGAAACAUGAAAGCCUGGACCAUGAAGUAUUCUUGGAAAAUAUUCUCCCUUGGUUUUGUUUGUCAACAGAAAAGAUGAGUUAGGCCAAAUCUCAAGUGUCCGACUGUUAAAGAUUCAUAUUCCUUAACUUUCCUGCACUUCUUCCCUAUUUUAAAACCUGUUUUUUUUAAUUAUUUUAUUUCAUGUUAUUUUUUUGAUCACCAUUUUCAUCUCAGCAAAAACUAGCAUUACGAUGUGGCCCAGGUUUCUCUCUGUGAGGAGGAGGUACUGUUAGUUCCUCUUGCACUUGAAAACAAGUGAAAGUCAGAGGAGGUAUUAAUUUUUUAAUCUAUGCAGGAUUUUUACAAAAUACUGUCUUGUUUCUGUGGGAAAUAAAACUUUAAGCUUGGGAUUUUUUUCCCCCACCUCCUUUUUUGUUUCCGCCUCAGUGAGAGACCUGUUAAACUCAAGUGUCCAAUGCCUUUAGCUUUUUGCAAUUUUGUGUACUGGUUUUAGUAUAUAUAUACUAUAUAUAUGUACUAUAUACAUGUACUAUAUAUGUGUGUAUAUAUAUAUAUAUAUAUGUGUGUGUAUAUAGAUCUGUUUUUAUAACCAAACAUGAAUGGCUUUUAAACCAUUUUGUACUUAGAGCUGGAGGCCACUUUUCUCAUAGGAAUACUUCUGUGGGUUUUGUCAGCCCGGUCAAUGUCUUCAUACACUGGUACACUUUGUAAGUACAGAUCCGCGCCUCUUGUAGUUUAAAUGUACAAAUUUAGCAUUAGAAUUGUUUAUAACUGUUUGCUACUCACUCUUAUUUAUUUUUCUGCCCCUUUUUUGCUUCUUUUUUUUUUUUUCCUAUUAUCAUUUUCUUGAAACAGGAAGAUGUAAAAUGUAAUGGGGGUUUGUUCAUGAUGAGAUUUCAUUGUAAGUAGUAAUUAUUAUUAUUAUAUUAUUAUUAAUUCUAACUUUGAAGAAUCCAGGGUAAGAUGAUUUUUUUGACAUUCAGUAGGAAGAUGUUAACGCUUGCAUGUUUCUAUUUAAAUACAAAUGUAUAAAUUGUAAAUAUAACAUUUCUUUAAGGGUGAAUUUCUACUACAGGUUGACAUUUUUAUUAAAUUUAAAAAUACUGUAAAUACCUUUGUGAGAUACUUUAUGCACAUUUUGUUUUUCUUUUGUGGGCUUUUUUUUUUUCUGUUCUCUUCUUCCAAGCCGUUACAGAUGACCUCGCGGUCUCUCUAACGCUGUAUAUCAAAUUGGUUUUUCACUCCUUUUUCUUACCGUGCUCGUUUACUCGUCUUCUGCUUCACUGUCUCUCAGUAUGAUGUCGCCACAUAAUCAUUAAUGUCUCUAGAUCCAAGUGCGAAUAUUUUGUCUUCUCUGUAUUUGAUACGGAGACACGUGUACUUUUCAUGAACUGUAUAAUGUUGAUCUUAUGGGCUGGAUGGACGGAUGGAUGAUGGGUGGAUGGAUGGAUGGUGUUUACAGUCUGUUGUGUAAAAACCAUGUCUGUUUCAUCCUCACGAGCGAUGUAUUUACGACGUGUCCCUUUUUGAACAAUUGAUCAAAAACGUGUCCUUUGCAACAGAGGUAUUUCUCUACACAUCGAAACUGUCAUAGCAGUUUAUACAGUGUUGUGCGACACCCGUUCUUUUUUGCUAAGAGUCGACACUAAAGUGAGACCCGCAGCAGACACUAUGUACAAUAGUCGAAAUUGGAUUAGUUUAAGAGAGCUGAUGACAGAGUUACUAUAUAUGACCGAUGCAAUAUGAUUAAAGGUACUCAUUUGAGUUUGAUCUUCAAACUUAGGUUAUGUAAUUUAAAAGGCAUUCUUGUGAAGUGAGUAUUAAUUGUGACUAAUGAGAGUCUGUCCUGAAUAUUCUUUGUAUUUUGCCGUAUUGAGAAUAAAAUAUAUAUGGAUAUGUUUAA